AUGGCCCGGCUUCGCCUCAAGUUGCUGCUCCUCUCAGCGUUGCUCACACGGCCUACGCAAUCAACAACAACAACAACUCUUCGGCACACGUCAACAAUCACCAUCGUGCAAACGAUUCAUGCCUCGGCCGCGACGGCGACGGCAUCAGCCACGACCGACGAGCAUUCCUACACGGAUGACGGCGUUUUCAAGAGCACUGUGCUGAACAUCUCCAACACCGUGCGCCAGAACUACAACGCCAGCGCGCUGUUGUGGAACAACACGCUCGCAGACUACGCGCAAGCCUGGUCCGAAGGCUGCCGGUUCGAACACUCGAAUGGGCCAUACGGCGAGAACCUGGCGGCAACCUAUCCCUCGGCUGCGGACGCCGUCACGGCUUGGGCCAACGAGUCGCAGCACUUCACCUUCGCGGACCCAGGCUUCAGCGAAGGCACGGGCCACUUCUCGCAGAUGGUGUGGAAAGGCACGGCGGCAAUGGGCUGCGGGAGGACCAACUGCGGCAGCGUGGACGAGGGAGGAGACGGCGACGACGCCGACGCCGACGGCUGGUAUGUCGUGUGCAGCUACUGGCCCCGAGGAAAUGUGCUCGGCCAGUUCGCUGCAAACGUCGACGCGGCGGUGGACGGGAGUGGGAGUUCUUGGGACGAAGAGGGCAUGAUAGCGAAGAGCAAGAGCGGCGUGGCAAGGGCCGACGUGCGGAGGGGGCUGCUGGGGGUGCAGCUGCUGGCGCUGGCAAGCUGGGCGGCGCUGGCAUGA